AUGUAUGUACGUACUUUGUAUUUGACAGCUGUGGAAUCUGGCCUUCCUCUCCUUAAUCCUUACAAGGAUUGAAAUGCAAAUUUUGGACAUGGUGUGAAUUUUGCAGUAGCAGGGGCUACUGCUUUAUCAGCAGAAUUCCUCGCAGAGAAUAACAAUGUUAAUACAGCAUUUACAAAUAGUUCAUUGAGUGUGCAACUUGAUUGGAUGUCUUCUCAUUUCCAGACCACUUGCUCCCCAGAUUGCCGAGAAAAAUUGAGCAAGUCUCUUUUCCUAGUUGGAGAAAUAGGGGGAAAUGAUUCGCAAGGUAAAACAAUGGAGGAAUCGCGAAGAAUGGUGCCAGCAGUUGUUCAGACCAUCAUUCAUGGUGUUAAAAGAGUCAUCAGUUUCGGGGCUACUCGAAUAAUAGUUCCAGGCAACUUCCCAACAGGCUGUCACCUAAUUUUCCUAACAAAGUUCAUGACCAAUAACUCAACUGCCUACGAUGAGUAUCAUUGUUUGAAAGAUUUAAAUAACUUUGCAAGAUUCUACAACAAUCAUUUGCAACAAGCCAUUGAUGAGCUGAAGCAAGAUUACCCAAACAUCACACUGAUUUAUGGUGACUACUACAACGCCUUUCUGUGGCUUCUACAAAAUGCUGUCAAUCUUGGAUUCGAUAACAACUCUUUACAAAAGGCAUGUUGUGGAAUAGGAGGAGAAUAUAACUAUAACAUACAUAAAGAAUGUGGUGCUCCAGGAGUUCCAGUGUGUAUUGACCCGAGUACUUACAUAAGUUGGGAUGGAGUUCAUUUGACACAAAGUGCAUACAGUUGGUUAGCAAGAUGGCUAAUUGAUGAUAUGUUGCCCAAAUUAAACUGCCAAGUUUAACUUUUCACUCUUAGUUUAUCGUUGGCAUGAAGCUGAAUGCACACUCAAAAUAAAUACUCCUUCAUUCUCUACAGAGCACUGUAUGUUUACGUUAAGCCAUUGUGAUGGAAUCCAUUUGAUAGAAGAAGCAGAGUGAUUGGUCUUUUGGGGGCAUCAAUGUUAUUCACUUGAAUGCUAUUCUCUUGAUUUGAGAAAUUUACAUAGUGCCUUCAAUCUUUCUAUA